AUGUCCGAACUCUUCAACCUGGUGGCCUCGUGGCCCUCUGCUGAGCUCUUCAGCCUGCCUCCGUUUGGCGGCCCUGCUGCCUUGACGCCAGGCGAUGCUCCCGCCAGCAUAAUGCGCCCUUUCAACAUCCCGCAUGCUCUCUUCCAGGGAGCCCUCGAUGCAAAGGUGCCUCUGACCAUUGCUGCCACAUACGCCAUCACGGCUAAGCUGCUCAACGGCUUCAACAAGUCCCGCAACAAGCAGCCCUGGUCCAUCAGCAAGACACGCGCCUUCCACAUCUUCGUCGUCCUCCACAACGUCUUCCUCGCCGUCUACUCGGCAUGGACCUUUUGGGGCAUGCUCACUGGUCUGCAGCGCACCCUCAAGAGCCCCUUUGGUCCCGGUGGCGCGGCUGCCACGGCCGACAGCAUCUGCCGCAUCCACGGCGCCCCGGGCCUCGGAAACUCCGUCUUCUACAACGACAACACCAAGACAUGGCAGACCACCGCUCCUGAUGCUUCUGUUGUGCUUAUGGACGGCAACGGCCUCCCUAGCACCCAGCAGAUGGGCCGCAUGUGGGCUGAGGGCCUGGGCUACUACGGCUGGAUCUUCUACCUGAGCAAGUUCUACGAAGUUCUCGACACCUUCAUCAUCCUCGCCAAGGGCAAGUACAGCUCGACACUGCAGACCUACCACCACGCCGGUGCCAUGCUGUGCAUGUGGGCUGGUAUCCGCUACAUGUCUUGUCCCAUCUUCAUCUUUGUCCUGGUCAACUCUUUCAUCCACGCCCUCAUGUACACUUACUACACGCUCACGGCCUUUUCGAUCAAGGUGCCCAUGGGCGUCAAGCGCACCCUGACCACCAUGCAGAUCACCCAGUUCAUUGGCGGUGCUUCAGCUGCCAUGGUCCACUCUUUUGUCAACUACUACGUGCCUACUGCUGCCUCUUCGUCUACUGGCAGCCCCAAGGCUUCGCCUGCCGCUGGCUCCCGCAACCGCGGCAGCACCUCUGGCACGGCCACUGCGCUCCAGCCUUGCAUUACCACCCGCGGCGAGACCUUUGCCAUCUGGCUCAACGUCUUCUACCUCGCUCCUCUUACGUACCUCUUUGUCAGCUUCUUCAUUAGCAGCUACGUCAAGCGCUCCAACGCCGCCAACAAGAUCAACGGCAAGGCCCGCCGUCUCAGCAAUGUCCACGUUGCCAUGGCCGAGAAGGCUGGCUGGGAUGCUGCCCGCAGCGUUGAGCGUGAGGUCUAUGGUGGUGAGCAGAUGAUGAGCGGCACUAGCACGCCCGUCACCAGUGAGGCUCCGGCCAAGGCUUCGCCCACCCGCACACGUCGGGCGUAA